CCCUCCCUCUANCUCCCUCCCUCUACACAACAUGAAAUAGUGCAGUGAAAAUCUCUCUCUUCUUCUCCUCUUCUUCAUUUGAGAUUCAUUUGUGUUUUCUGCUGGUAUUAAUCAGUGAAGGACGAGAGAUACAGUUGAGGUACUACCGACCUCUACACAACACGAAAAUAGUUGUAGGAGUGAAAGGGCAUUAAUCAGUGAAGGACGACAGAGACAGUUGAUUCAUUUGUGUUUUCUGCUAUUUUAGGGCAUUAAUCAGUGAAGGACGACAGACACACAGUGAUAGGAACAAAGAAACCAUACAUUCCAUCACAGGAACAGAUCUGGCAUUUAAUUCCUGAGCGAAUCCAUGGAUUAACCUUAAGGUUCUCAAGUUCAAGACCAAGGAGAUUCUUUCUUAAAUGGAACCCAACAAAGAAGUUCAUUUGUUCCUGUUGAAGCCUUUUCUUGACAAUGAUUUACACGGCGAUUGAUACAUUCUACUUGACGGAUGAGCAGUUAAAGAACUCACCUUCUAGGAAAGAUGGAAUAGAUGAAGCAACUGAAACUACCCUUCGAAUAUAUGGCUGCGAUCUGAUCCAGGAAAGCGGCAUUUUGCUCAGAUUGCCUCAGGCAGUAAUGGCUACAGGGCAGGUUCUGUUCCAUCGCUUCUACUGCAAGAAGUCUUUUGCCCGCUUCAAUGUGAAGAGAGUUGCUGCUAGCUGUGUUUGGCUUGCUUCAAAGCUGGAAGAAAACCCUAGAAAAGCAAAGCAGGUUCUCAUUGUAUUCCACAGAAUGGAAUGUCGGAGGGAGAAUCUACCUAUAGAACAUUUGGAUGUCUUUUCUAAGAAAUAUUCAGAGUUGAAGGUGGAUUUGAUUAGAACAGAAAGGCAUCUGCUGAAGGAGAUGGGUUUCAUCUGUCAUGUUGAACAUCCUCAUAAAUUCAUAUCAAAUUACCUUGCCACACUUGAAACACCUCCAGAGUUGAGGCAAGAAGCCUGGAAUCUAGCAAAUGACAGUUUGCGUACAACCUUGUGUGUUCGUUUCAGAAGUGAGGUUGUGGCCUGUGGGGUUGUAUAUGCUGCUGCGCGCAGGUUCCAGGUACCACUUCCUGAGAAUCCACCAUGGUGGAAGGCUUUUGAUGCUGAGAAAUCUGGGAUUGAUGAAGUCUGCAAAGUCUUGGCACACCUUUACAGCCUUCCCAAGGCACAAUAUAUACCAGUGUGCAAAGAUGGAGACUCGUUCACAACCUCAAGUAAGACAAAGGACCCUCAAGCUCAACAAGUUCCAAAGGAUGGUGUUCCAAAUGGUGCAGCAGCUAGUAGUGAUACCAGUGCCACCAAGGUGUCUACAGCACCGAAUUCAGACUCAGGUGGGUCUAAAGAUGCAUUGAUAAAAGCGGCCCUUGACAAACUUAAGGAGUCCAAGAAGAGUGACGAUGAUGUCAAAAGUGCCCCAGUAGAGGGGGCGGUUAGAGAAGAACCCCCAUCAAAGCUCAAGGUCGAUCACAGACAAGAAGUGGGUGGAGAAAGGAACAGGGAGAGAGAAAGGGAGAGGGAUAGAGAAAGGGAGCGGGAAAGAUCAAAAGCCCGAGAUCGUGACAGGGGAAGGGACUCUGACAGGGAACGUGAACGAGAAAAAGAUGUGGAAAGGGACAGAGAGAAAAUUAAGGAGAGAAGCCAUCGUUCCAAGGACAAAGGAAAAGACUCAGGAGGUGGACAUUCUGAUAAAUCAAGGCACCACUCAUCUCGAGAUCGUGGUGACUAUCACAGCUCCUCUUAUUCAUCCCGGGACAAGGAUCGCCACAGACAUCAUCCAUAUGCAUGAAACCUAUGUUUUGUGUGUAUCCAUCCAUAUUCAUGAAUCAAAGGAUUGCAGGGUAUUAAGGAGUGGGGACAACAGGGUGCUCGUGAAGUCCACUGACCUUGCUGCAGAGAGUUAAGCGGGUUUUGUUCCUGUGGCCCUAUACUUGGAGUUCAGAUUUCCUUUUCACACCCACCUCAAGGCAUGUUGUGUCCAAUGUUGUAAGACUCGAACCGGAGUAAUCGGUUAAUCAGGUGGUUUGUCCAUCCAACCUGCCAAAACUGUUAUUUAACCGGGACCGGAAAGGCCAUCGGUUCUCGAUUUCCAUGAUCCAACUGUGAGUCUGGGUCGAGUCUUAAAACAUUGGUUGCAGCUGCAGGGAACACCGAACAUCUCCAUAUUUAGCAUCACCAAGUAACCAUCUUGCAUUGGUGCUGGGAAUGAAAACGGUGCUGUGUAUGUCUGAGUUGUAAGUACCGUUUUUUGUUUGGAAAUGGUGCUGCCACAGGCUGAUUUUUUGGGAAAAUAAUACUGGUUUUGUUUGAUACUAGUGCUGUAGAACCAUUUUCAGUAUUGAUCUAUAUUAUCCAAUGUCCAAGAUGAUGUCACAUUGAUGCUGUAUCAUUGUAUUGCUGACAGCAAUAGGCUGUUUUUUGAGAAAAUAUUGAAUUUGAGUUUCUUCAGACCACA